AAUAGAAGUAUACAUUUGUAUACAGGUUUUUAACAGUUAAUGCAAAAAUAUUUGUUCCUUUUUAAAGAACUUAUUUUAACAUUGCACUCAACAACAAACAAAAAAGUAACUUCAAGGGCCAAAUUACAUUAUAUUUCUUCAUGUCAAUAUACGUGGUAGGAGUAACGUGGGCCGUAAGUUUAAGAUCCCUGCAUUAAACUUUAUAUAACAACAACAACAGCCCCAGGGAUCUGUCCUGGGGCCCCUUCUUUUCAUUAUCUACCUUCUACCGCUUGGACAUAUUUUCCGUAAAUACAAUAUCCAUUUCCACUGUUAUGCCGAUGACACCCAGCUUUAUCUGUCCACUAAACCUGAUUCUGCUCUUCCCCCAUCCUCCCUCACCCUCUGCUUAGCUGAACUAAAUUCAUGGUUCUCUUCUAAUUUUCUUAAACUCAAUAGUAAUAAAUCCGAGCUCCUCUUAGUAGGCACUAAAUCAACAUUAUCCAGAACCAACAGUUUCUCUAUUACUAUCAAUAACUCACCGGUCUCCAUUUCUUCCUCUGUGAAAAGUUUGGGUGUCAUCCUUGACAGUACUCUAUCUUUCAAUUCACACAUUAAUAAUGUCACUCGGUCUGCAUAUUUUCAAUUGCGCGACAUUAAUCGUCUCCGUCCUUUUCUCACCUCACAUGCCACUGCCAUUCUUGUCCAUAGCCUUGUUACUUCCCGGAUUGAUUAUUGUAAUUCACUUCUUUUUGGUCUUACUCAAAAAUCCAUCCAUAAGCUUCAACGCAUCCAGAAUUCUGCUGCCCGUAUCAUCACCAGGACCCCUUCUAUCCACCACAUCACUCCUGUUCUGCAGCAGCUUCACUGGCUCCCGGUCAACUUAAUGAUGGAUUCCUCACUUGCACUGACAUCUCUUUGGGCCUCAUAUUUUAAAGUGAAAAAUGAAAAGCUAUAAAAAAAAAAAUCAACAGUAUGAAGCAACUUCAUUUAUGAUGAAAUCACGAUGGAACCGACCUCAUCUGGCUAUGAAACAGCUUGUUACCUAAUUGUCCCAUUACCUGUGAGCUUCUGCAAAUGAGUGACAAGAGUGCAGACAUGUUUGCUGCCAGUAAUCUGCGACCUGAAGAUCAGUUUUUGUGCUCCAUCUGCCUGGAUGUGUUCACUGAUCCAGUCACCACACCAUGUGGACAUAACUUCUGCAAAAACUGCAUCACCCAGAACUGGGACAUUAAUGUGAGGUGCAAGUGUCCCCUGUGUAACAAACUGUUCAAGAGACGACCUGAACUGGAGAUAAACCAUUUGUUCUCUGAGGUGGUUGCUCAGUUCAGAGAUGAAACUCAACAGAAUGCAAACAGCAACUCAGAGCAACAAGCUGCCAAACCAGGAGAAGUUCCCUGUGACUACUGCACUGGAACCAGACUGAGGGCCCUGAAGUCCUGCCUGGUGUGUCUGACCUCCUACUGUGAGACUCACCUAGAACCUCAUCUGACAAUCAAAGGUCUGAAAAGACAUCAGCUGAUUGAGCCUGUGGAGAACCUGGAAGGCAGGAUGUGUACAAAGCACGAUAAACAUCUGGAGCUGUUCUGUAAGACUGAUCAGACAUGUGUCUGCACGCUCUGCUCUGUUUUAGACCACAAGACUCAUGAGUUUGUUCCUCUGAGAGAAGAAUCUGAAGAAAAGAAGACAGAGCUGAGGAAGAUGGAUGAUGAAAUUCAGGAAAUGAUCGAGAAGAGACGACAGAAGAUUCAGGAGAUCAAUGAGUCAGUGAAGAUGAGUAAAGAUGCUGCAGACAAACAGAAAACAGAAGGUGUUCAGAACUUCACUGUUCUGAAGGAGUUUAUUGAGAAAGGCCUGAAGAAGGUCAUAAAGGAGAUAGAAGACAAACAGGAAACAACAGAGAAACAGGCUGAAGGUCUCAUCAAGGAGCUGGAAGAGGAAAUCUCAGAGCUGAAGAAGAGGAGCUCUGAGCUGAAGCAGGCCUCACGCUCUGAAGACCACCUCCACUUUAUUCAAAGCUUCUCAUCUCUGAAAGCUGUUCCACCUACCAAGGACUGGACAGAGGUCAUCGUCCUUCCACCAACAUAUGAGGGGACUGUGAUGAGAGCUGUGGCUCAGCUGGAGGAGACACUCAAAAAACACUUUAAGAAGCUGCUUGCUAAGGCUGAGCUGAGGAGGGUCCAGCAGUAUGCUGUGGAUGUGAGUCUUGAUCCUGAUACAGCACAUCCUGAGCUCAUCUUGUCUGAUGAUGGAAAACAAGUGAAUUUUGGCAAUGUGAAUCAGAGUCUUUCAGACAACCCAAAGAGAUUCACAGUUUUUGCAAAUGUUUUAGGAAGGCAGGGUUUCUCUUCAGGUAGAUUUUACUUUGAGGUUCAGGUUAAAGGAAAGACUGACUGGAUUUUAGGAGUGGCCAGAGAGUCAGUGAACAGGAAGGGAGGAAACUCAGUAAAGCCUCAGGAUGGUUUCUGGGCUCUAUGGCUGAGGAACAACAACGAGUACACAGCAUGUACUGGCCCAGCAGCCGUUCUCUCUCUGGCGUCUGCUCCUGAUAAAGUGGGAGUGUUUGUGGAUUAUGAGGAGCGUCUGGUCUCCUUUUAUGAUGUGGAUGCAGCAGCUUUUAUCUACUCCUUUACUGGCUGCUCCUUCACUGAGAAACUCUACCCAUGCUUCAAUCCCUGCAAUAAUGAUAAUGGUAAAAACUCUGCACCUCUCCUGAUCACUCCUAUCAAUCGCAUUAACUAGACUGGAAAAGUUAUUGCAUUUUAUUUGAAAGCGGUCUAGUGUCAAUUAAACCAAGUGAGCACAAAAACAUUUAGGAAAUGUUCUUGAAGAGAAACAAAAAGCAUAUCUUUAAAUGUGUACAUACACAUAUUUGAUUACAUUCAAUAUAAUCAAAUGUUGGAUUCUGAAACUUUAAAGCUGUGUUAUUCAUAUUUAUUAAAAAACUUUUUGGUUAAUGACAGCUUCUGAUAAAUGUGUCAGUUCUUAGUUGCGGAACAGUUUUUAAGUUGUAUGUAUGUUUACUGCAGAAAGAGUAUUCAUUUCAGAGGCGAGACCAGCCAAUAAGUGCCUUCAUCCAAGAAUCUGGCUUUGACAAUCUGUAAUUAUGUCGUCAACAAUGAUGUGUUUGAAUGCUGUCUCCACCAUAAGACAUGUUUUCUCAAUCAUCAUGUAUAACAUGUCGUUGAUAUUAUGUGCCUGUCUGUGUGUGUGUGUGUAUGUAAUAUAUA